UAGAGUUUUCAAGAAAGGUUUGACAGUUGUGUGUCUUCUGGCUGUGACUGUAAUCAGCAAAAAUGACCUGAUGUGAAUAGCGAAAAAGUGUUCUCUCUCAUUUUUGAUCUGAUCAUGUCAAAUACCAUCGGCACGGCUUCCGAGCAACUGUUGCACUUUCUUCAGAACAACUUCUUAAGUCAAAGUCAAGACCAAAAUAUUCAAGCUUCUUUAGCGAUUGUCGAUAUAUUAGUUUCUGCAAAGUGCUGUUUCCGCUGCUGUCUAAGAUUUCUUGGCUGUACUACUUUUCAAUUAUACACAUUUGAUCAUAAUGUUUUGCAGAGUGCUCUGAAUGACAUCUCCCUGAAAAACAGCGUUCAGAAACGUUAUGAUAUUUCGACAGAUCUUAUUUGUACAGCUUGCUUGGGCUCCAUACAACUAGCCGAAACAUACGUGGACGAAGUCUAUGAAAAAUUAAAAGAGCAGAAUUAUAAAGUGGAUAGCUGCAGCUUGAAUUGCACCCUUCCGAUCAGUAUCUUGACACGGGACCAUUUACUAAAAGCACAUAUUGUGAAUACACUUCAAGAACAGCAUAAGGAUCAGCCUUUUACAGCUGAUGUACUUCGUGCUUUGGAGGAUACAAAUGUGAGAGAUCCCAAGGACUUUUUCAAAUAUCUAUUUGGCUUAAAAUUGAAAGAACGAACAGGACUUGAACUGGAUACGGAUGGGCCAUUAAGAAUGACCGUAGUGAUUGACCAUAAACCUACAUCUAAGGAUCACCUGUUUAUGACGAAAUUAAAAGAGCCAUUGUUGAAGAUACGUACUAUUCGUCAGAAGAGAGCACGAGUUACUGCUGGGGAGUCGAGAUCAAAUGUUACAGAAGCGUUAAAAAAAUUGGAUAUCGAAGAAGCAAAGCAGUUCACUAGAAUUCCUCCUAUUCCACCAACGGAAAAGGCUAAAUUUGACUCUGUCAGUUUAGUACACGUUUCUACUUAUGUUGGUGGCCGUUACCUCAAGUUUUCUAGGGACUACAGCCAGACACCUUGGGCCAUCAAAGGCCAGAAAUUAGCAGAACAUUCUGUUUCAGGAUGUAUAGUGGAUAUUCUGAAGAAAUAUCAUCGUGCCGAUGACACCAAGUUUGUUAGUGCUGGCCGUGAAGAUGCAAAUGUUCGUAUGUUGGGUACUGGUAGACCCUUCUAUGUAGAAUUGAUCAACCCGCGAACGCCUCAACUGACAGAGGAUGAAUAUAAAAAAAUUGAAAAUGAAAUCAAUAGCCAACCACUUCACAUGAAGAAUGUACAAGUUCGUCAAAUUUGUUACAUACCAGCAAAAUAUACUAGUAUUAUCAAAGAAGGUGAAGAAACAAAGACAAAGCAAUACAGGGCGCUUGUUUGGCUUUCUGAUCCUAUCACCGAUGAAUUGAUAGAGCGCGUCAAUAAUUACGGGUCAACGCCAUUUACUAUCCAGCAAAAAACACCUGUUAGAGUAUUUCAAAGACGCUCAGCUGCUGUGCGACCAAAAGUAAUCCAUACUUCAACAAUAAAACGUUUGCGCGACGAUGUGGAUUUAAAAAGCCCCGAGGCACACUUCGGUGUCGUCAAAUUGCAUACACAAGCAGGUACUUAUAUUAAAGAAUACGUUCAUGGCGAUUUGGGUAGAACACUGCCAAAUCUAGCCUCCAUUGCCCAUACUCAUUCAGCAGAUUUAUUGGAGUUGGACGUCAUGGAUGUGGAUUUGAUAUGGCCCCCCGUGGAGCUCGCAAAAAAAGCUUUGGAUGCAAAAGAUACACCUGCGAUAACGAAUGAGAAUAACAAAAGGAUUUUUCCUUCGGCAGCUCUAUAAUUACUAGAAAACUAUACGAUAAAGGUCGUUUAUUACUUAGCCCAUAAUGCUAUGAAUUUGUAAUCCUCUUUGUAAGAAUAUACCUAAAAUAUCACCUACUUUUUUGAUGUUGCUCUUUUUUU